GCCAUUCAAACGAUGCCGCUCCGCGCUCCAGUGCAGAAGUGCAACAAGCUGCGCUCUGGUGACGCCAUCAGUCCGCGCAGCACAGGGAAACGUGGGACGAGGAAGGGAGAGCAAAGCAGUAGAGGAGAGAGAGUUACCUCCACGUGAAGCGGUGUGAGCAUGGCGUUCAUUCAGGAACCAGAAGUCCAGUUCGCACAGAAAUUAGCCUCCAACGAGAAGCCCAUCCGGACCAAGGCUAUAAAGAAACUGAGGAAAUACAUAAAUGUCAGAUCACAGAAAACGACAGGUGGAUUCACAGGUGAUGAACUGCUCAAACUAUGGAAGGGUCUUUUCUACUGCCUGUGGAUGCAGGACAAACCACUGCUCCAGGAGGAGCUAUCAAACCAGAUUUCCACCCUAAUCCACAGCUUUCACGAUAUUGAUGGACAGUUUUUAUACCUGGAGAGCUUCCUGCAGACCUUUAAAAGAGAGUGGACUGGUAUCGACAGGUUGCGGAUGGACAAGUUCUUUCAGCUGGUUCGCUUCAUGUUCAGACAAACUUUUGAGUUGCUGAAGAGGAGAAGCUGGGAGAGCAGUAUGGUUGCCAGGUUUCUGGAGCUGCUGAUAGCUCAGCUCCUGCAGAGUGACAGCGCAGCGCCCAGCGGGCUGCAGUUCCACAUCCUGGACCUUUACAUGACUGAACUGGCAGCUGUGGGCUCAGCAGAGCUCACUGCUGAUCAUAACUUGAUGUUCAUCGAGCCGUUCUGCAAAACAGCAGCCAAAACUAAAGAUCGGACUCUUUUCAGAGCCAUCAGCAACAGCAUCUUCAGCACUAUUAUUGAUCAGGCUCCCUUUGCCAUUGAAGAUUUGAUGAAGGAGGUGAAAGCAGCUGAGGACUCAGACUCAGGACAGGCUUCUGAAGAGGACUACGAAGACCAAAUAACAGAGAAAAAGAGCAAACCACUCAGCAAGAAGUGGACAGGGAAGCAGAUCAAUGGUAGUAAAUCAAAUGAAGAGGAGGAGGACGAUCUUCUUCACUUUGAAGACUCGGAGACAGAGCUGCCAUGUGAUGAUGACAUCGAACCAGUCCUACAGUUUGACUACGCAGCCCUGGCAGACAAGCUGUUCAAGUUAGCUAGUCGGAAUAGUACACCCAGCCAGAACAGACAGAGACUCUACAAAAUCAUCAAAGUACUGCGUGACCUCAGUGAAGGCAUCUUUCCUCAGGAUGAGUAUCCAGAGGACGUCUCCACAGACGAGGAUGAUGAAAUGUUCGGCAGCAGGAAGAGGAUGAAGAGAAGAGGUGGUAACAUGGAAGAGGAUGAGGAGGGGACCCCAGCAGCAAAGACAUGUAAAGGGAAGAAAAAAGAGGCAUCCACACUCAACAAGCAAAACAAGGACUUGGGAAAAGAUUACAAUGAAAGAGCAGACCUAACCACUAAUGAUGAAAACAAAAAGAAAAAAAGGAGGAAGAAGAAGAAAGAGGGGCAGGGCAGAAGUGCAGGUGGUGAGGAAAAUGCAGACAGGUAUGAACAGGGCAAGACUGUGGCUCAAGUUCAAGGUACAAUUAAAGAGCAGUUUUCACAAGCAGAAGAAUUAGAAAAGGAAACAGAGGGGCAAAGCUCCAUCUCAUCUGUAAAAUUCACAGAGGCAGCUACUCCACAGGCUCAGUCAGAAACUCGCCUCCUCUCUCAGAUAAAGAAACAGCAGUCAAUUACAGUCACAGAAGAAGCCAGCCAACCAAAGCCUUGCACCACUGACAAGGACCAAUCUGAAACCUUUUCAGAGAAGAAUAAAAAGAGGGAUACCUCUGAGGCCACAGAGACAGAAGAGGAGCAACAGACUUUUGCCACAACAGAGCCAAAAAUGUCCAUUGAAGCCAAUGCUCCAGUCUCAGGGAAGAAAAAGAAAAAGAAGAGCCUGAAAGCUGAGUUACAAACAGUUUGGAAUGAGGCUCAGUCACAGGUCAAUGCAGAGGCAGAGAUCAUAUCAGUAAAUUGUGAGGCAUCAGGGGAAGAAACCACAAUGACAACACUGGAAACUUAUGGUACAAUCCCUGCCAAGAAGAAAAAGAAAGGCAUGAAGGCAGAGAGGAAGUCUGAGGGAAGUGAGAUUUAUGGUGGUUACUCAGAAGAUGAUGCUGCAUCAAUACACUAUGAGGAUUCAGGGGAUGACAACACAAUCACCAGACUUGAGAAGCCAACUGAUGUUAUAACUCUGGCCAGGAAGAAGAGUAAGAAAAAGAGCUUCAAGGCCGAUGCACAGGUCGAGGUAGAGGGAAACCGCAAUGAUGAGAUCACAUCUGAAGCAUCAACACACACCACUGAAGUGCCACUUAAAAAGAAGACAAAGAGAAAGGGCAAGCAGAAACUUGUACAGACACUAGAAGCUUCCCUUCCUGCAAAUGAAAACACUCUAACACCACUGAAGAACAAAAGAAAGAAGAAUAAAAAAGAACCUAGGACUACAGUGGAAGAAGAACGAGUGGCAGUGGAAACACCUCAGGUGGUGAAUGCUGAGAAACUGCCAUUUGAGAUCACCACGACAACACCAGCAAUGACGAAGAAAAAGACUCCAAAGCUGACAGCAAUCCAGGCAACUGAGAUCAAAGAUGAAACCCAGCUGCAGGUGGUUGGCAGUAUGGAUGCAGAGCUCUCAUUGGAUGAAACUGAGGUUAUUUCCUCCAGGAAACCGACCAAGAAAAAGAAGAGGAAGAUCCCUGUGGUGUUUGAGUUUGAAGAUGAUGAGCGGGAGGCGGCUGCACAGGAUGCUGCAUUGAUCAGUGGCAUCGCAGAAGAAGAGACUGUUGCCAAGAAGAAAAAACUGGGAAAUCAUGUUGAAGAGCCAUCCACACCUGUGAGCACUAAAAGGUCACAAAAGAAGGCGAAGACUGCCUCACGGUCAGCGUCUGACUUCAUCACCUUUCAGAGCAGCACUGUGGCCCCAACACCACUCUUCUGCAAGACAAAGGGAAGCCCCAGCACCCUUUUCAGCAAGAAGAAGAGUCAAACUCCCAAAUCAGAAUCCAAGAAGGUGACCUUUGGUCUCAAGAAUAAUAAAACAGCUGAAUUUAGGAAGACUGAUCGCAGCCUGCUGGUGAGUCCAGACGGGUCGUCACGAGUGCCCUUUGACCCAAAGCAGAAACCCAAGUUUGGGGUCUUAAAGUCUCCGCCCACACCACUCUCAACCACCAUUAAAAAGACCCCCAAAGGCAAGAGGAAUACAAUUUUGAAUACUCCAAAGAGCACGUCUAAACGACGACCUUCGGCUGCAGACUUCUUCUAACUUCCCACGCUGAAAGCCUAGAUACAGAAGUAAUACUAUCUGUGAACUUUUUAAUAAGACUCAUCAAAAGAAAUCUUGUUUUGGAGAGAGAGAGGUAUUUUUAGGUUUAGCUGAUAUCAGUGUUGUGUUUUGCCUCUUUGAGUGACUUGAUGUUUGAAUAAAGUUACUCAUUCCAGCUCUCCCCAUUUUAUUACAUAUUCAGUUUGUGUGUGAUUAAGUUUGAUGCUGAUUACUUCAGUCUUUUGAAUGUGAAGAUAUUAUAUUUUGCCAAAAAUUUGUCUUGAAACGAGGACACUCCAUGAAUGACUGUACUACAUUUUUCCAUCACUUGCAGCAAAUUCAAUGCAUUUUAAUACAUUUUAAAUUUUGGACCAAUGUUUGAGAGUUUAGUUACAGCUAAGUGUAUGGUAUCUAUAAAACUUCAAGAUAAAAGGUCUGUCUUAAAACAAUAAUGCCCAUAUGUACAUUGAAACAGUUUUGCUUGCUGUAGUCAUUCCUCCUGUUCAUCACUUCCUGACAGGCCUGUCCUGUGAAACAGAUGACUGAAAAUAGUGGCUGAAGAGCCUCCUGUGUUGACAUGCUGUAAGGCUUUGUACAGACUUCAGCCCUGUGGGGAAAAAUGAAGUGCCCUUAUUUGUUAGAACACGGUCAGUCCAUAAACUCAGUGAGAGUCCCAAAGCAAGUUCCAGCAAAAAAACAAAACAAAACAGUGUCAAAAACAAUGAGCCAGGUUCAAAGCAAUGUUGCCUGGCAAUGCACUGCAGUGGCCAAACAAACAUAUAUAUUCCUGGAAUGUUACUUUGUAACGCGAAUGCCAACGUGAUAAAGUUACAGAGUUUUAAAAUUCAGUUUCAGAAUAUUAAAUGCUCUGCAAUAUUUUUUGCAUCUGGUAAGUCCUCCAACUCUUGAAUCUGUUCCUCAGACUGAACUUCCUAGAUUGUAUUCCAUGUCUCAGCAGUACCCAAAGCAACACUCAACUGUUUUCAAUAUGACUUUGGAAGCCCACCAAGCCUACAACCAUGCUAGCAGCUCUGUGAGGCUGUACUUCAGCACAAUGGUGCUUUGAGCAAAAAUAUUAAUCCUGCACACUAACACGCUCACAAUGACAUUGUUAGUCUGCUGAUGUUUAGCAGGUAUAAUGUUUACUAUGUUCACCUUCAUAGCUAGCAUGUUACAUUUGCUAAUUAGCAUUAAAAUGGCCCAUGAAAAGGUACAUCUGAGGCUGAUGGAAAUAUCAUUCCUUUGCAGGUAUUUGGGUAAUAAAAUGUACUGUAAUUGGAAGGCUCUUACAACAUUAUUCAUUGUCUUAACAAGCAAAGAUAAUGGAUGCAUUAAAACAUAAUUACUUUUUAUAUAAACUAACUUUCUUUUGAACCUCCAACAUAAUAUGAAGAUAAUGGCAUUUAAAAUCUCAAUGAACAUAUACAAUGUUUACUUUAGUCUGUCUGAGGCGCUCAAAGAGACACAAUGUAAUUAGAUUCAAACAGAUUUUUGCUUUACUCUCUGACAACCCACUGGGGAAUGCUAAUUAUGUAGAAGUACGUUUGCUUGUACCAAGAAAAAAUACAUGAAUAUGAGCAUGUAAUAUGUGUAUCAUUAGAUUAGGCUCGUCUUUUUGGUCAUUGUUUUCAUUUUGAAAAAGAAUGUCCUGUAUUAAAAAUAUUCCAGGUACAGUACAUGUCAGAAUAUACAGCUGUAGCAUUCACAAUCUGGUGUCUACAAGGCAGUCUGGUAGUCCAACAGUUUCCAAAAUUAAUCUAAACUUUGAUGGGAAUGGGUCUGACCAUUUUUUUUAGAUUUAUUUUUACUCAGUCAUUAAUUUGUAGCUUAAUAUGUAUUAAUUGUGUCUUUAUGAACAGCAGCAAGGCCCAACAUGGAAGCAAUUUUAUCAAUUUUAUCAAUUCCAAACACUUAGAAAGUCUUUCGUCACACAGAGAAAAUGGUCCAAAUAUGGAGCACUGCUCUAUCUGUGUUACCUUUCAAGUGUGAUUGAUAGGUCAAAUAGGCCAACCAGCUCAUUACAUUUUAAAGAACAGCUACUGCUGACUUGUGUGUUGAACAGUACAAAGAGAAGUGCCUGUAUUUUGACAGCAUAAAAAUGCAGCAGCAUAAAAAUGGAAAGGAACUUACUUCAAGAGCGGCAAAAAAAAUAUUUCUAGUCAGUGAUAAUAUCAACUAUAACUAGAUACAAAACAACAUGGUAGCAAGGGCUGUGUCAAAAAUCCCUCUUACACUGUUUAAUAUAGAAUUAUUUGGAAGACACUUUCAAUUGACAUCAAAAUAAAGUAUGCAUUGCAUUAUGGGAUUGUUAGCAGAAAAUAAUGUGCAUGCCCUGGACACCACUACUUUUGUUCCAUUGGACACAGCUAAACUUUAGUUCGAGAUACAGUGCAGCUUCGUUGUAGUUGAGCUUAGCAACAGAAAUUUGUUCUAAAUGAAUAGGCAGUGGUACAGUAUUAUCCUGGUUCAGACAGCUCAAGGCUGAAAUAAUCUGUCACCUUUUAGGAAGCAAACUAAGCAUCUAGGAUUUGUUGAUUGGGGCUUUGAAACAGUCUGCAGUCUUAUAUUUGCAUAUAAGACAAACAACCAUUCGAUCCUGGGAUCUUGAAAGUCAGAAAAGUCAGAGUAAACUGGUGAUUUUGAUUUAGACAUGUUAGCACUGACUAUAGUGCUAACAUAGUGCUAUAGGCUAUAGUGAUCAGUUGGUCCACCACUUGGGUUCACACAAAUAUUUCAACAACAAUCAGAUGGAUGCCAUGAAAUUUGAUGCAGACAUUCAUGGUCCCCAGAGGAUGAAUUCUACUGACUUAUGUGAUCCUCUGACUUUUCUGUAGCAACAUUAUUGGAUCGAAAUGUCAAUGUUUGUUCAACUCUUUGUUUAAUGGCCAAAAACCUGCUUAAUGAAUGACAUUCUCAUAAGCCUGAGCUGUACUUCAUGUUUAGUUUAGUGUUUAAAUCAUAUCCAUUCAAUUUGGGUUUACUUACAUUGAACAGUGGUCUCUGGCGGAUGUGCAGCAUCCAUAUUUGUAUGGUUUUCAGGUACUUCUGUGUUAUUAGGUUAUUAGGCCAAGUUCUACUAGAAAAUAAUUGGUUUGCACAUUUUUAUAGUUGCUGUGUCAUAGAGACGGGGGAGAUAUAUUGUAUAAAGACAUUUAUAGUGUUGCAUUUGGUUGUUUACUUGAAAAGUGACAGAAGCAGUUGUGUAGCAAAUUUUAAAAAGAAGAGCUAAAGAGAGAGGAGUUCAAUCCCUGGAUCCUUUCUCACCUCCACACAGCUGGCUAGUCACUGUGUGAGUUGGGUAUGAAUAACAGAUUGUUAGUUAAUUGGUUUUUUGUUGGUUACCAAAAUUGUCUGAUACAGUGAUCCCCAUUCCAACAUCGGAAAAGUGUGGUGGGAGGGGGUUUCCGAAAAAGUAUUUGUAUUAGUAUUAUACUGGCAGCUUAAGUGCUAAGUCUGACAUAUUGGAGUUUUAAGAAAAAUCAGUUUCCCCAAGUAUAAUUACAACUUGGAUGUUGGUGUGAACGUUUUUUACAAACUUGUAAUUACAACUCUGCUAACCCACAGAGCCACUAGCAUGGCUGCAUAGACUCAUAGGAAGUAGCAGUACAUGCAAACUGUAACUUUGGAAUGUUACUGCCAACAAACUUCACAAAGAGGCAGCAACACGUCUUUCUUAACAUUAUAUAAUUGUGUUUUUGUUUUCCAAAACAAUAAUUUUUUUCUUGAACUGUCUCACCACCACCCACAAUUCAUUAGAAUUAUUCCAGCUGUGAGCUGCUCCUUAAUUUCUUUUGUACAUUGCAUUGUGGGAAAAUAGUGUCCAUUAAAAUAGCUCACAAAAAUCAACUGUAGUUAGUAUGCAUGCCUGCCUGAAGUCUUUGACCCACAGACAUCAGCAGCUACUUUGUAUCUUCCUUGGUGAUGCUCUCCUAGAGCUUCGCUGCAGCCAACUUAAGCUCUUGCUUGGUGUGGGGUCUCUGCCUUUAGUCUGAUCUUGACCAAAUGGAACUUCAGCUCAAUCAGACUGAGAUCACAUAACUGUCAUGGCUAGUUGAGACUAUUCCACCUCUUCACUGUGAAAAGAUCUGGUUGCUUUGCGUAUGUUUAGAAUUGUUGUCCUGAUUGGUGAAAUGUCAAUCGAUGAGUUUUGAUACAUUUGACUGAAUCUGAACUGACAGAAUGCUCCUGUAUAGCAAUGCAUUCAUCCUGCUGCUUCUGUCAGCAGUGAAAUCAUCAAUAAAUGCCACUGUGCCAGUUCCCUUGUCAGCCAUAACAAAAACACCACCAUGUUUGAUAGAUGAUGGUGGUGGCUUUGGGUCAUGAGCUGUUCUUUUUUACUCCACAUUCUCCUCUUUCCAUCAUUUUGAUAGGGAUUGAUUUUUGUUUCAUCAGUCCAUAACUUUGUUGUAGAACUCUACUGCUUUCUUUUUUUUUUUGUGGUUAUGUGAACUCCAGCCUGGCCUUUCUGUUUUUGAAGUUUACCAUGGGUUUUGCAUAAUGUGGUAAAUCCUCUGAGGUUUUGGUCAUGAAGUCUUCUCUUCAUCAUUGACAAAGAAAGAUGUCACCUACAUCCUGGAGAGCAUUCUUGACUUGCUGUGCAGUCAUAAAGAGGUUUUUCUUCACCAUGCCAAUAUUUUCCGCUCAUCCACAAGACUUGUGCUCCUUGUUCUUCCAGAUUGUUUGCCAUUUCUAGUUUUCAUGUCCAUACCUGUAUUUUUUAGAAUGUAGCCAAUUAUUGGUUUUAUAUCUCUGUGAUAGAUUUAGCUUUUUUUGAGCCUCAUUAUUAUCUUCUUCACUUGCAUGGUCACCUCUUCCCUCCUAAUAUUAACAGACAACUCCACCUCAAUCUCAAUGGCAACUAUGGGCUCUCAGUCGACUCUGAACUACGUGUGAGAUCUUUUGUGCAUGAACUAAUGCUGAAACAAAACACCGCUGCCCCAAGAUACCAAGAAAGCCAAGUGUACUAUUACUUUUGAACUCUUGCAAUUUGGGCACUAUGUGUUAAGAUAGAGCUAUAUCUCCAACAUAGUUCUCGCUUCACUGAUGUAAACCUACUUUAAUGUAGUAUCCAUUUUUUUUAUUUCAAAUUGAAUGUGCUGAAGCAAAGAACCUGAAAACCAAAAAUGUGUAAUUGUUCUAACACUUAGGGUUUGGACUGUAUG